CUUUGUAUAAAAUUUAUUUUUCUUCAAUGUUCAAAACAAGUCUCGAUAUAAUGUAAUGACUGAAGAAAUCUAAGAAAUUCUUAUUUAAAUAUUUUUUUGAUUCUCAUUUUGAACGUGGAUUUUUUUACACUUCUAAUAAUAUAAUUUAGUUUGCAAAUAAACUCUGAAAUACCGAGGUAAUGAAGAGAGAUGUGACUGAUGAUAUUGUUUCAAAGAUAUUAUUUUAUAGUUAUAAUAUUUUCUGCUAGCAUUGGUACAUAUAAAUGUUUUGCAAAACUAUUAUGAUAGUUUGGCAAGAAUAAAGAGUCCUAGCUUGAAAAUUACUCCCCGUUAAUUCCGUUUCCCCGUCAUGCUUUAUGCGUUGCUGAACACACAGACCAUACUCAGUUUGAAAAAGGUAACUCAGUGUUACUGUGACAUCUACAAAAACGAGGUGUUAAAAAUACAAAGUGCUAGAUGCGAACAAAAAUUUUUAAGAUUCAAUUUAAAUUUAGAAAAUUAUACGGCGAAUGAAAAUUUCAAACAAGAAAGUAAAAAUAAACUCUCUGAAAUGAAAACUGAUACAGUGGAAACUUUAAAACUUGUAUGGAUAAUACAUAUAAUUAGUGGAGGAAGUGCCCGAUAUACAGAGGGGUUAAAUGUCAAUCUCGGUGAAGCUCUUCAGUUUCUUCGGCAGUAUGACUAUGAAGCGUCUGCAAUGUGCAACAAAAUAAUGAAUUCGCAAUGGAAUUUCGCUACUAAUAUUACCGAUAGCAAUCGCCGAAAAAUGCUAGAAGAUCAAACUCUGAAAUUAAAAUUUGAUAGAGCUUCGUGGAAAAAAGCAGUCAGUUUUGCUUGGAGCAGAGUUCCAGAUCCCAUGGCGAGACGUCAAUUGAAAAUCGUAGCAGUUAGAGGAAGAUAUUCCCUUUCAGACGACAAAUUCAAUGAGAUACACCACCUUAUAGUCGAAAUGAAAGAAUUGUACUCCAGGACCAGAUUGUGUCCCUAUAAAAUGAUGAAUAAUAUUUGCAAUAUGAGCCUGGAACACGACAUCAAUAAAAUAAUGGUUCAAUCCAGAGAUUACGAUGAACUUCUGCACUACUGGAAUUCUUGGCAUUCCGCCAUUGGACCACCUCUGAGGAACAAGUACAUGAGAUAUGUUCAGUUGUCCAAUUUGGCUUCAAAACUUAAUGGUUUCGCUGACGCUGGAGAUCAAAUGAGAGAGGGUUUUGAAGACGAAUAUUUUCAGCAAAAUAUGGCUGAAGUGAUGUCAGCAGUGACACCACUCUACAAGCAAUUGUUCACUUAUGUGAGAUCGAGGCUAAUCGACAGAUAUGGAGACAGAAUAAAAAAGGAUGGACCACUACCAGCUCACGUGCUAGGCAACAUGUGGGCUCAAAAUUGGGAAGGCAUUUUCAAAAUUGUACAACCUUUCCCAGCAGCUGACAAGUUUGACGUCACUUUGGAUAUGAUAAUCCAAGGUUUCACGCCUUUGAGAAUGUUUCAAAUUGCGGAAGAAUUUUUCACAUCGUUAGGAAUGAAACCAAUGCCUCCGGAAUUUUGGAAAUCAUCAAUGUUCGAGAAGCCCAUUGACAGAGAAGUUAGUUGUACUCCCAGCGCUUGGGAUUUUUGCAACGGAUAUGACUAUAGGAUAAAGCAAUGCACCAAGGUAACAAUGGAGGACUUGCUUUCGACUUUUCACCAAAUGUCACAUUUACAAUACUAUUUGCAAUACAAGGAACAACCAUUCCUUUUUCGUGAAGAAGCACUUCCAGGAUUUCAUGAGGCAGUGAGUGACGCAAUAGGUCUUUCUGCCCUAGGCCCACAGCAUAUGCAUCGAAUUGGACUUUAUAACAAUUCGGUAGAAGACUAUGAAGGCAGUAUCAAUUUCCUAAUGCUUGUAGCACUUCAAAAAGUAGCAUACCUACCCUUUGCUUAUAUAGUCGAUCAGUGGAGAUGGAGAAUAUUUAGUGACGGAGUUACAGACAUGACUACGAAAUGGUGGGAGCUGAGGCUGCAGUAUCAGGGCAUCAUACCUCCUUCGAAACGAACAGAAAAAGAUUUUGAUCCUGCUUCCAAGUAUCACCUUCCUGCGGACAUUCCUUAUGCUAAAUACUUUGUGGGAGUUGUUUUACAGUUUCAAUUAUUAGAAGCCUUGUGUGACAUCUCAGGGCAUACGGGAGUUCUGCACACUUGCGAUUUAUACAGAUCCCGAGAAGCAGGUCGUUUACUAUCAGAAAUAUUAUCAGUCGGUGCUUCGAAGAAAGACAUCAUACGUCUAAUGACAAGAGGAAAAAUAAAUAGAUUGGACGCGGGUGCUAUACUUCGAUACUUUGAGCCACUGAAUCAAUGGUUAAAAAGACAAAAUCAAUUAGAGCCCGUGAUAGGCUGGGUCACCACGCAGGAAGAUGCAGAUGUUCCGACUUCCGUUUCAGCGCUCUUCGCUCAUUGGUACCUAAAUAGCGGCAAUCAUAUUUCAUCAUCAAUUGUUAUUCCGUUCAUUUGUCUCACUAUGACUAGUGUUAAAGUUUUAAAUUUCAUAGCAUAAACUAUUGUUUAUUAUUAAUUAUUAGCAUUCUAAAAUACCCUCUAUGGGAAGGACUUAGUACUGCCCUGCAAGAGAAAAAACUUACGUAUCCAACAUUUUGGUCUCAUGAGCUAAAGGAUAAUUAAAGAGAAACCAUUUCUGGAAUUUCUUUUUUACCCCAAUACUGAUGAAUCGAUUAUUUAAAGAAUCCAUACUAAAUAAUGCACUUGUGGGACUUUUAAAGCUAUAAAGUUACUGAGCAGAACAAGGAUGUCCACUGGAAAAAUGUAAUCAAAGUACAAGACGACAAAUUUUCUGGUUAUAGUAAUCAGAAUUUUGAUUUGUGUAAGUUUCUGCUGGAACCUCUUCCACUAAAGUCUUAUUAAAAAUACAUUUGCACUUGUAAACAUUUAUUAAAUAAAUUGACUGUG